AUGGAAGCAUUCCUAAAGGAAUCAACAAGUUUCAAAAUCGAAGUAAACGGGUUGAAGACACUUAAGAUGGCAAGAAAUAAAUUUAGUGGCUCAAUUCCAAAUAGUCUAGGAGAUUUAGCAUCCCUUGUGACCUUAGAUUUAUCAUCAAUCAAUCUCACUGGCCUAAUUCCUGAGAGUCUAGAAAAGCUUGAGUAUAUGGUGAAGUUAAAUUUAUCUUUCAACAAAUUGGAAGGAGGGGUUCCUAUGAAAGGUGGUUUUAUGAACCUAAGCCAGGUUGAUCUCCAAGGUAACAACAUAUUAUGUGACCUUAACAAUCAAGUUAUGUACAAGUUGGGAUUCACAUUGUGUGUUGCAGGUAAAAAAAACAAGAGAAACAUUUUACUCCCUAUCAUACUAGGGAUUAUAGGUGUGAUUGUUUUGUUCGCUUCAAUGCUCUAUCUGUUGUGGCUGCUAAUAUUCUUAAAGAAACAUGAGGAGGAGAAAAGUAGUUUGUCAUCAACUCUUAUUAAGGGUUUGCCUCAAAAUCUAUCAUAUGGUGAUAUUGGGCUUGCUACAGACAAUUUUUCUGCUACAAACUUGGUUGGAAAAAGGAGGCUUUGGUUCUGUUUACAAGGGCAUGGGAAUUUUGUUAAGGUGAUCACUUCUUGUUAUUCAUGUGGCAUCUGCCAUGGACUACUUGCACCAUGUUGUGAUCCACCAAUAGUCCAAUAUGGUCUAGGAUACAAGGCUUCAACUAGUGGUGAUGUGUACAGUGUUGGGAUCCUACUACUAGAGAUGUUCAUAGCCAAAAAACCAACAGAUGAAAUGUUCAAAGAAGGACUAAACAUGAACAAUUUUGAGAAGAAAUUACUGAAUAUUGUUGAUCAAAGGCUUAUUAACCAUUAUGAAUAUUCAACACAAAAUUUCAGCAGCGAUAGUGAUAGGGGUGAAUCAGGCGACAUCAGCUAA